AUGUCCUCGCCCUCGAGCGCGUCGCACCCCGCGCGCGUCGCCUCCGGCGCGUCGUCGUCGUCCUCCGCGGCGCGCCGAUCGUCGUCCGCCUCGGCGCCGUCCGACGACGACGACGACGCGACGGACGCGCUCGAGACCAACCGACGCAUGGCGACGCGAUACCGCAGCGCGAGAUGCCCGCGCUGGCGCCUUCGCCGCGACCCCGCGGAUGGCGGCGGCGGCCUCGGAGGCAAGCGAACGCCGAGAGCUCUGAUGUACGACGCCGACGGCGGCGCGCCGUUCGAGCGCGCGUCGCGCACGCGCGACGGCAUCGCGAUCUGGACGCGCGCGUCGAGCGCGUCCGCCGCGAAGGAGAUCCUCGCGGAGGUGACGUUCCCGGACACGCCGAGGGACGCGCUUUGGCGCGCGGUGUGUGACGUGGAGAGGUAUCGCGAGUUCGUGCCGUUCGUGAAGCGAUGCGACGUCGUGCGGCGGUCGACGAUCGUCUCCGGCGCGCCGACGGGUGCGUCCGCGGCGUGGGUGUACAACGAGGUCAAGCCGCCGGUGGCGUCCGCGCGCGACUACACGAUCAAGAUCGAGUCCACGACGUCCCCGGACGCGAGCGUCCCGCACGUCUCGUCGUGGAGCGUGGACGACAGCGAGGGCCCGGGCCCGAGACGAGGGAUCGUGCGUCUGACGCAAAACUCGGGGCGGUGGGAGCUUCGAAGCGCGGGGCGCGACGGGCGGGGCACGGCGCUGACCUACCGCGUGUUGACGGAUCCGGGCGCGAGCCUGCCCGGGUGGCUCAUCGACAUCGCGAACCAGAACUCCGUGCCGGACGUCCUGCGCGCGUUCAAGAAGCGCGCGGAGAGCGGGCUGUACGAGCGCGAGGACGUCGAGCGCGAGAACGCGGCGAAGUUGGCGUUCCGAGGCGUCGGUUGGGGAGCGUCGCGGUCGUGGCGCGGCGUCGGCGACGCGUUGGCGUCGGCGUUUCCCGGGUCGGAGGGGAUCGGGAUCGGGAUCGGGAUCGGGACCCCCGAGUGGCUGUCCGCGCGGGGGGUGAUGGCGAAGGCGAGCGCCGCGUUCGAAGGGCUCGGCGCGAAGACGGCGUGA